CGCGGGCCAAGGCGGACCCUAUAAAAUUGGCGUCUUAGAAAGUAUAAACGAGAAAGAGAUUGAAACUGAAGCAGAAAAUCUCCUGAUAUACAUAAUCGCCAUCGUAGAAUUCUACUUCUCAAGUAAGAUGAGCAUAACACUCCUAGCAUCAAAGCAUCCAAAAAUCAUCCGCGUCUUUGAAUCAUGCCCCAUCAGAUAUUCUAUUCUUCUCUGUCGUCUCUCCACUGAACCCACCGCCUUACCACCACCAUCAGUACAACAAAACGAUGACUCAAUCGUAAAGCAAGCCGUGCAACUCCUUAAAAUCCCACACCAUGAAUGGAGCACAACCCAACUCAUUGACCUCCUCUUCUCCGAUCCUGCCCCUUCUUCUCGCCUUCUCUUCCAAAUCGCCCGCCGCUUGCCCUCCUCAUCACACGCCCUCAAAUUCCUCCAAUUUCUCCAAGACAAUUCCCCAUUACCAGAUAAAACCCAAUCCCUCUCCUCUACAUUCCAGGCCAUCGUCGAGCUAGCUAGCCGUGAACCCGAUUCCCGCUCGAAUUUAUAUGAGCUUUAUAAGGUGUCGAAAGAGUGGAUUGUUCCGCUUACCAUCAAUUCCGCCACGCUUCUACUUCGCUGCUUUGGAAGAAAUGGGUUAGUUGAGGAGUCUCUCAUUUUGUUCAAUGAACUUGAUAACUCUCUUAAGAACACGCAUGUUCGCAAUGUUUUGAUUGAUCUGCUCCUGGGAGCUGGGCACGUUGACCAUGCGUUAAAGGUGCUCGAUGAAAUGUUUCAAUCAAAGUUUGAUUAUCGUCCAAAUGAUGUUACUGGAGAUAUUAUUUUCUCUUGGUUGAUGAAGAGAGAACGAUUAGGCAGGAUUGUAACUCAAGAGGAGAUUGUUGAAUUGGUGUUGAAAUUUGGUGAGUUUGGUGUUUUUCCUAAAUCAAUUUGGAUAACAAAGAUGAUUACUAUGCUGUGUAGGAAUGGAAAUACUAAUAAAGCUUGUGAGCUUUUGCUCGAAUUGAUGAACCGGGGAGCUGCUUUGGAGGUGGCUCCUUGCAAUGCAUUAUUGACAGGGUUGGGGAGGGAUAGUUAUCGUGAUAGAAUGAAUGAUGUUAUGGCAAAGAUGAAGGAAAUGGAUAUUGAGCCAAAUGUUAUCACCUAUGGGAUUCUUAUUAAUCACCUUUGCAAGUUUAGGAGAGUUGAUGAGGCGCUGGAGGUGUUUCAAAGGAUGAAUGAAAGUCAAGAGGGGGAUGGGGUUUCAGUUCAACCUGAUGUUGUUAUUUUUAACACAUUGAUUGAUGGGCUUUGUAAAGUUGGGAGGCAAGAAGAAGGUUUGGGUUUGCUGGAAAGGAUGAAAUUGCAAAAGGAGUGUGCUCCUAAUACUGUUACCUAUAAUUGUUUGAUUGAUGGAUUUUGUAAAGCUGGUGAAAUAGAGAGGGGCCUGGAGUUGUUUGAUGAGAUGAACAAAGAGGGGAUUGUACCAAAUGCAGUCACUGUUAAUACUUUGGUGGAUGGUAUGUGCAGAAAUGGGAGAGCCAAUAGUGCAGUUAAGUUUUUGGAUGAGAUGCAGAGGAAAGGUUUAAAAGGCGACGUUUUUGCUUAUACUUCUUUAAUCAAUGCUUUUUGCAAUGUGAACAACAUCAGGAUGGCAAUGGAAAUUUUUGAUCAAAAGUUGAGAGAGGGAUGCUUUCCAGAUGCAAUAGCUUACUAUAAUUUGAUCUCUGGCUUGACCCAAGCUGGAAGGAUGGAUGACGCCUCUUCUAUUUUGUCAAAGUUGAAAGAAGCUGGGUUUCAUCCCGACAUUGUGUGCUACAAUCAAAUGAUUAGUGGGUUUUGCAACAAGAACAGGAUGGAUAAAGUUAAAGAGAUGCUUAACGAUAUGGAAAAAUCAGGAGUAAGCCCUGACAGCAUCACAUAUAACACUUUGAUUUCUUAUUGCAGCAAAAUUGGAGAUUUUAAAAUUGCUCACAAAAUGUUGAGAAAGAUGACCGAGGAUGGUCUAUCACCUACAGUUGUCACAUACGGUGCUCUAAUUCAUGCAUAUUGCUUAAAUGGCAAUGUUGAUGAAGCAAUGAAGAUUUUCAGAAGCAUGGGUUCUACUGCAAAGGUAGCACCCAAUACUGUGGUAUACAAUAUCUUGAUAGAUUCCUUGUGCCAGAAUAAUAAUGUAGAACUUGCUCUUGAACUAAUGGAUGAUAUGAAAGUUAAGGGCAUUAGACCAACUACUACAACAUAUAAUGCCAUGUUCAAAGGUCUUCGGGAGAAGAAAUGGCUGAAGCAAACCUUUGAAUUAAUGGAUAGAAUGAUCGAGCAGGCUUGUAAUCCUGAUUAUAUCACCAUGGAGAUACUGACAGAAUGGCUGUCUGCUGUUGGUGAAACAGAGAAGUUAAAAAACUUUGCUCAAGGACACAAGGCUUCAGCUUCUCCAUCAUAUAUUGGCGAUUUGCUGCCCUGACAAUUUGAAUUCAUUCAAGAAGGACCAGAUACUACAGUUUGAUGUUCAUAUAGUGUCUCUGUUUAGAUUUGCUAUGGCUGUGGGUGUUCUUUCAAGCGGAACUUGCUCUUAGAACCUCCGUUCUCGAAGAUGUAUCCACAUGUGCAUUUGCAAUUGCAUGCAAACCAUUGUGGAUUCAACCCCCCUCAUUUUGAAGGAUGGAAAAAGGAGAUGGACAAAAUCAACAAUGCUAAAUUAAUCAUAGUUUGAUUCGUGCUUGUUGUAAGUUAUAUGCUGUUGAAUCGUCAGACAUUGAAUACCUUGGUAGCAAAAUCAAUUCUAGAGUUAUAAUGAGCUUUAAACAUAGCCAAGUUUCUUGGCUUGACUGGGCAAAUGAUUUGCGAGAUUGAACUUGUACCGAAAUUUCUUUUAUCGUAAAUAGUUUCACUAUUUUUUUUUA